CCAAAUUGCACAGUAGAGAAUCGUUCGCACAGUGUGUGUUUGGCGUCGCUAUCGUGAACGACAAAAACUGCGAAGUAUUGGAUCUAUUUGGUUGUGAUGUUGGUUCGAUUAGGUUUUUAGCAUAAGCAUUUCCGACGCAAUCAUCGACCCGGAUAGUCAAGUGCCAAUAUCGAAGUGAUGAUGAAUCAGGUGUGAAUUACGUUGUGUUAAACGAUGCGGAAUCGCUUUACGGAGGCGAACUGAUUGGGAUGACGCGAGCGAUUUCACGGUCACCGAAGCGUUGAACAAGUGGAACAGAACUGUACGCUGUGCACUACAGGGGCGAUUGGGUGGAUAAGUGGCGAACUGUGGGAAGAACAAGUGCUACUGAUUGCAAUGCUGACUUGUGAAACUUAAUCAGCGACAAAUCAUAUAAUCCCGGCUGCUACUGCAUCUCACCGAACGGGGAAAAUAGUAGACAGAUAUUGCACGUGAAGAACAUCUAAACGCGAUAUAGUGAAAGAGCUAGUCUGUGAUACGGUGGAUCUGAAUAAAACUUCGGCGAAUUCUUACGCUUGGAUGUGAACACAAAAUAGCGAAAGUAAACCCAAUUGUUUCGAGCAUUUACGUAGCAAACCUCCCACACAAAAGCGGAAAGUUUACAUCGAAGUAAUUGCCCAUGAGCAAGAAACAUAUGCAGCAACAUCCAUGUGAAUAAUAAAACAAUUCAGCGAAAAUUAACGCUCAGUGUCCAAUGAAAAUAAAAUAUGUUGUGAAAAUUAUGGACAUUGAACAAAUUUGCCAUACCUGCUACAAUAUGAGCAAAUCGAAAACAACCGCGGACACAAGCAGGAUGGUGCGAUAGCAAUUGUUGAUAAUUAAAGGAACAAAUUAUGGAAGUGCAAAAUAAAAAUAAGAGGAAGAAAUAAAUUUCCUGGGCUGGAACUGCAGUAUUUGAUACCCAGCGGCAACGUGGAUGAUAUAUUGAGAUGGAACACCCAAAACUAGAGAUAACCCUAUCGGUGGACGAAGAAAACGCUCUCACCUUGUACGAAGAACUUGAGCGGACAGAUAUCAACACUCUGAACCUGAACGUGGACUGCUGUUGCGGGCUGCUACGAACAUCUCCCUUUCACCAGCCGAAGUCCAAGUCGAACUCCCGGGAACGGUUACGUGCCGACUCCGGAGUGUCCAGCGACGAUGAGGUAUACGCCGACAGUUGUUCACAGACCUCAGAGCACAAUAGUGAGUGUCGCGAAGUGGAAAGCGACCACAACCACAGCCAUCAUAUCUUUCACCUUCGGCCGAACAACGACAACCGUUGCGGACAUCGCAGUAAAUCCAGCCUAGAUCGACGGAACGAGCGAUACCAAAGCUUCGGUCUGCUGGAAUCCAACAUCUUGAACUCGUUUCAACUACACAAUUAUCGACGGAAAAAUGCGGGUGGUUACGAUUCGGGCAGUUUUUCCGGGCAAACUAGUUAUAGUUCUACGACGUCCAGUAUGAUUGAGGACAUUUCCGAUAAAAUAGAGGAGAUUGGCAAGUUGGACACCAACAUCCACUCGCUCAUGUAUAAAUCGGUUGAGGUGCAUAACGAUAUUUUGUCACUGGAGGCAACCACCAAUCGCCUUUUGGCGGAUACCAAGAAACUCUCCGAUGACCUUGACGACGUCCGCUAUUUGGAUGAACUGAUAACGAUACUGAACGGCGACAUUGGGCCUGUUAUUCAUCGUGAGUGGCCGUAUCAAAUUCUGUUCGAUACACCGAUAGAGGAAGGCACUCCGGUUACGUGAAGCGUGAAACCGAUUACCACGAAUCGGUAAAAUUCUGCAUGUGUUAGACAAUUGAUUCUACCUAAUCGAUGCAUUGCAGUGGGAGUUAUUAGAUAGCGUUGCAGUGCUUUUUCAAUCAGGAGAAAGAUAGUUGUUUUAUGAUAAGCGUUUAUAACGAAAGCAGUUACCAUUAUCGAGGUGGUGCGACUAAUCUUCGGUCAGAAUCCGCUAUCGAGAUACGCAAACGAGUAUGCUAGCCAAAGAUUGUAUAUGCAAAAACAUGUAUGAGCAACAGAACAAAACUGUAAUAGAAAACCAUUUUUACCUAAAUAGAUAUAAAUUAACGUCCGGUUCCUAA